AUGCUUAUAACAGACAAUGAAACUGGGACAGUCUUAUUAACAGAUGCCAACGUCACCUGUAUCAUCCCUGACGACUGCAUCCUGCCGUGCAGCUUCAGGCCCACCGGCACUGUGGUGAUCCACUGGUACAAGCAGCAGAUCCCCGUCCACAGCUACUACUACAACAAGGAUCAGUUUGGACUCCAGAACAAGCACUUCAGCGGAAGGACUUGCCUGUUCAACUCCCACAUCCCUCAUGGCAAUGCCUCCCUGCUCCUCAGGAGGGUCAAAGUUCAAGACAAGGGCAGAUACAAGUGUUACACCAGCACGCGGAAGGGCAACCAGGAGAUCUUUGUCAACCUGGAGGUCAAAGCUGUCAUCCAGUCAGUGAUCAUGGAGAUGACAGAUGAGACGGUCACCUGCUCCUCUCACAACAUCUACCCCGUCCCUCAGGUGACCUGGGCCACAGACCCUCCCUCUGCCCAGGAAGCUCUGGAGAAUUCAACCAUCAAAACCACAGACCACAAGGGUUUGUUCACUGUGGUGAGCACGCUGAGGAUUCUGGGUAAUCUCUCCAACUACACCUACUUCUGCUCUUUCAUAUCGGCUGACAAGACCCAGGUGUGGACUGCCUCUCGGAAGAUCCAAGAUGAUGUGACACAGGAGGAGGGUCACGCGCUGGCCAUCCCGUGCGUCGCCCCGCACAGUCUCCAGAACUUCUCCCUCACCUGGACCUUCGCCACGUCCAGCGAACCCACGCUCAUCUUCAGAUACGACACGAAAACCAGACAGGCGUUAAACCUGUGGGAGGCUCAGGCUGAGCUGGACCAGGAGCUGCUCCCCUUGGGAGACGGAUCUCUUCUGCUCCACAAACCAGACGUCGAGGAACACUCAGGGAUGUAUACAUGCACCUUCUCAGGCCUGCAGAGCAAACACAUCGUUCAGACCAGAGUGAACAUCACUCAUUCAUCGAUAAGUGAGGACGAGCAGGGCGUGCAGAGGUCAUGGUGGAGCACGGCAGCGUCUGCAGCUUUUUUCUUAUUCACUGUCACUGUAGCUCUGCCGCAGUGUGUGAGGCAAAGAGCCAUGGACCCCAGAUCUGCCUCAUAUAGAUUUAACGGAGCAGGUUUUGUCGAGGGUGGGAUUCACAAAGAUCUCAGCGCCUCGGCUUUAUACAUAAUCAGACAACACGGAGUUGACUGCAACAGACUACAGCUACAGUCUCAACCCGAGGACGAAGUGGCCGGCAGCAUGCCAAACACAGCAGAUGACUCUACUGUGGCGGUACCACCAGGUACUAAAAUAGAUGAAGAAAAAAACCAGUAGGACCACCUGUGGAGGGAAAAGAUGGGCUGCAGUCCAGCAGCCUGGAGAAGGAUGGAUUUGGAAACAUGGAACAAGGAUAAGGCACAGAAACUUAUAAACUACCUCCAACAAAGUGUUGGGAUUCUGUCAAAUUCAUGAAGAGAUUCGCCAUGUCAUACCUGUACUGUAUACUGUGAAAAGCUUGUUUUCUCACCCUUUAAAUAAAAAUAAAAUUAUUGCAA